GCAAAUUGCCGAACAGAGCUGUUUAAUGAACUCAUUUAGCUCCGGUCACGACUCCUGCACGCAUGACAAAGGAGACCGCUGUGCAGGGUCCCAGCUGUCCGCCGCUAUCUGUCGCUUUAAGAACGAUUUCCCCCCAUUGUCAAACAGUCGUGAGCAGGAAGACGGAAACGAAAGCGGCUUUGGAAGAGGGGCCAGACGUAUUUAAACACGAUGCCGCAGAGUAGCGUAGACCGCGGCUUCAUGUGGAGGAGCGCGUCUGAACGGGGGCCAGGGAGAGGAGGCUGUACGCGCCAGUGACCUUCUGAUCCAAAUCGAUGGCAUUUGAAAAGCAGGCGUGCAGUUGUGAAAGUCGCCGCGGGAGAACAGAUCGCACUUGAAAAGAGGUGCAGCGCGUCCGGGGAGCCCUUGCAGGUAUCCUGUCAUCGAGAAGAGUAGAAGCUGGCUUCGGACUCCGCAGCGUGCGCUCGAUCAACUUGGAUAUCUUAUUUCUCAUAUUUGGGAUGUCAUCCACACCCAUUGAGAGGAAGACUCUGGAAGCUAACGAAGAGCCAGUAGAUGAGGUUCUCCAGAUGCCACCAUCUCUCCUGACAUGUGGUGGGUGCCAACAGAGUAUUGGUGACAGAUUCUUCCUGAAAGCCAUAGAACAGUACUGGCACGAAGACUGUCUAAGCUGUGACCUGUGUGGCUGCCGACUGGGAGAGGUUGGCCGUAGGCUCUACUACAAACUGGGGAGAAAGUUGUGCCGCAGGGAUUAUCUCAGGCUUUUUGGUCAGGACGGGCUCUGUGCGUCCUGCGAGAAGAGGAUCCGUGCAUUUGAGAUGACGAUGCGUGUGCGGGACAAGGUGUACCAUCUGGAGUGCUUCAAGUGUGCAGCCUGCCAGAAACACUUCUGUGUGGGCGACCGCUAUUUGCUCAUCAACUCAGACAUUGUGUGUGAGCAGGACAUCUUUGAGUGGACGAAACUGAACAAUAACGGUAUAGUGUAGUAGACUCUAUCUCCACCACACCGCGGUGAAACACUAUACGUUUAGUAAUCAUGGAAUGACUUUUUUUUUUACAGAUAUGCAGGCUAUGUUUGGCCUUGUGCAGGUUUUGUCAAUCAAAAAGGCUACACCAGCAACGAGGUAAAAUAUAGCAAUGCAGUUCUUUAAGUCAUGUUUCAUCCUCGAAUGCAAAAAUGACAACAAUAGCUAUACAUGCAAUAACUUCCCCUUUGUUAUACAUAGCACCAUUUUAGACUUUUAGUGCAAAUAUUAAAGCUACAACUCAGAAGAAAAUUUGUUUUUGUUAACUCAUUGCUUCAUGAUACUGGUAACCGUAGACAUGUUUGACCACUCCGACUCUCAGAGAUCCGUUCAAAAUGAAAGAGUUGGUGCUGGGUUUUUUUGUUUUUGUUUUUUUUGUUUUUUAGUCGGCACCUUUUUUCACUGCCGAAUAUAAGAGCAUGGUUGUACCUGAGUUUUACCUAUUGAUCUAGUUUCUGUUGGUAAAGGUCUCCUGUGAGCUUGGUCCACCGUAUGUGCUUGUUAGCCACAGAAAAUUUGCUUGUGCAAACUUGCUGGUAUCUGCUUUCUUCUGAAUUUGGCAGAAUUAUUUUUGCAGGAAAGUCCUACCCGACAGUAGCUGUUAAAAUAAGAAAAUGCAAAAGCAAUCAUGGUUUGGAUAUUUGCCGAUUAGCUUUGUAUCAAACAUUCCAGCGAGUGAAAAUAUCAAAAAGGGAUUUUUUUUUUGCAUGUAAAUCUUCAGGGUUGCAGCUUUAAAUCUGUGAAGUUUAUGAUAGUCACACACUGUUACAUCACUUUUUAGAUAUUCAAGCUUGAAAUGUUUGUUGAUGUUUUGAUACAUUUGUAAAUGAAAUGAAAUGUUUUACCUGGGUAGUAUGUGGAGUUCAUUCUGAGGCUGUCCUGAUCAGAGUGACUCCGGUGUACUACCAGACUGGACUGGUUGCAUGGCCACUGACAGAGGGGAGGGAUCCCUUUGCAGUACAUGGUGGCUUAAUUUUCAAGGAUUGCUGUAUCACUGGGAGAAAAAACAAAAACAAAACAUUUUAGAUAUGUGCCAAGAGUUUUUGAAAAUAUAAAUAACUAUGAUUUAUUAAAUAAAGUACAAUCAAGAGAAACCUUUG